GAUCAUCUCCUUCACACACACACACAGUCAAAAACACGGCACAGUACUCAAUUACACACACAGUAAAAACACACACACACAGAGACACGAUGGUAAGAGAAGUAUCGGAAAGCUGUAUGGACAGCUUAAUUACGGAGAUCGUGUCGUCUUAUUGCACUCGAUUUUACGCAAAUAAACCAGAACUUGCUAGUCUCAGAAUCGAAGCCAUCGGUUAUCAAGUCGGUUACCAGCUCGCCGAAAGGUACACCAUGGAACGGCCACGGUUUAAUGAUCACCUAGAGGCAAUCAAGUUUAUCUGCAAAGAGUUCUGGUCAGAGCUCUUCAAGAAACAAAUAGACAAUCUAAAGACUAACCAUAAAGGUACAUUUGUAUUGCAGGAUAAUAAAUUCCGGUGGCUGUCGCACAUGUCAGUGGAUUCACCAGUAGAUAUUUCAACCGUGUCUGAAAACAAAACAGCUCAAGCAACUAGCAUGCAUCUCAAAUUUCCAUGUGGAAUUAUAAAGGGGGCACUUUCAACAUUGGGCAUUAUAUGUGCUGUUUCAGCUGAUACAUCCCAGCUUCCUGCAUGUUCAUUUGUGAUCCGGAUAAAGGUGUAGCAAUCUCAUUGCAAGACUUCAAAUGGAUCAAGAGGUUCGAGAUCAACGGGUUAGGUGCUUAGUCAUUACAGGGUGUAAUAUUGGCGUGUUAAUGGGUCAAAACAAGUAAUAGUUUGUUAUGGGUUGGAACGUAUUGGAUGUAUUCGACCAACAUGAAAAGACACUUAAAGUCAUUUUUGUGACUCUUUAAAAAGUUUAACGUCUUGAUAUGAUUAUAAAAAAUCUGUUUUUUUCAAUAAUAAACUGAAUUUUAUCCA